CCGAUGAUGCUGGGCGUGUGGGCCUUGCUUUUCCUCUGGGGCCUGGUGACCCCAUGCGAAGGGCUGCUGGAGACCGUGGGCACUCUCGCUCGGAUCGACAAGGAUGAACUCAGCAAAGCCAUCCAGAACUCGCUGGUUGGGGGGCCCAUCCUGCAGAAUGUGUUGGGCACAGUGACAUCAGUAAACCAGGGCCUGGUGGGCUCCAAGGGGCUGCUCGGAGGAGGCGGUCUGCUGGGCUCUGGAGGGAUUUUCAGUGUCGUGGAGGAGCUCUCUGGGUUGAAGAUUGAGGAGCUCACACUGCCGGAGGUGUCGCUAAAGCUGCUACCAGGUUUGGGGGUGCAGGUGAACCUUCUCACCAAGGUCGGGCUGCGUGGCUCAGGCCCCCUAGGGGGCCUCCUGCAGUUGGCAGCUGAGGUGAACGUGUCUUCACGGGUGGCGCUGGGCAUGAGCUCUCGAGGGACGCCCAUCUUGAUCCUCAAGCGCUGCAGCACACUGCUGGGACAUAUCAGCCUGUUCUCAGGGCUGCUGCCAGCACCACUCUUCACAGUCCUGGAACAGAUGCUGUGCAAGGUGCUGCCUGACCUGUUGUGUCCCGUGGUGGACAGUAUGCUGGGCGUGAUGAAUGAGCUCCUGGGGGUCACACUUUCCCUUGUGCCCCUCCGAGCGCUCGGGUCCGUGGAAUUCACUCUGGCCACCCUGCCCCUCAUCUCCAACCAGUACAUAGAGCUGAACAUCAACUCCAUCGUGAAGAGUGCAACUGGUGACAUCAUUGAUUUCCCUAAGCCCCAUGUCCCAGUCAAGGUGCCUCCCAAGCAGGACCAUACAUCCCAGGUGAUUGUGCCGCUGUACCUCUUCAGUACCGUGUUUGGGGUCCUGCAGACCAACGGUGCCCUGGACAUAGACAUCACCCCCGAGCUGGUUCCCAAGAACAUUCCGCUGACAACCACAUACCUGGCAGUUUUGGUCCCAGAGGCCCUGGGGAAGUUGCCCCCAGGCCAGCAGCUCCUACUGUCACUGAGGGUGAAGGAAGCACCCACUGUCACACUACAGAAAAAGAAGGCCACAGUCUCCAUCCCAGCCACCAUCCAUGUACUAUCUUCUGUCCCUCAGGGGACUCCUACAGCCCUCUUCCAGCUGGAUGAGGUGCUGACUUUAAACGCCCAGUUGGCUCCCUCGGCCACCAAGCUGCGCCUCUCCCUGUCCCUGGAACGGCUCAGUGGUAAGGUGGCUUCCUCCUCUGCCCAUAUCUUUGACGCAUCCCUUUUGGAAGAAUGGCUCAACAAGGUGCUCCGGGCUGUGUAUGUGCCAAAGCUCAAUGUGAAUGUGGAGGUUGGAAUUCCCCUGCCUAAGAUUCUCAAUGUCAAUUUUUCCACUUCAGUUCUGGACAUCAUUGAGAAUGCCGUUGUGCUCACCGUGGCAUCCUGAGGCUCCCAAGGCCACCAUCGCUUCCUGGCUAUUGACCCACUCUGCCUCGGCUUCCCUCUCGGUCUCUACCCUGUGUCAGUGACAGUAUGAAUGCCUCCUACCCACCUGGGCCCACCUUGCCCAGUGCCCUGCGGCUCUGCCCCCAUUUGAGUGGGGAUUGUGGGCCUAUCUUGGACCUGCUCAGAGCACUCCAGGCCUCUGCAAAAGUUGCGGGCCUCAAUAAACUACUCAGUCUCA